UUUGCACUCGCCCCGGCUCCUUCCCGCUAUAAAGGCAGCCCACAGCGCCCUCCGCUCCAGCACGCCCCCUCGACUUCCUUGCCAUACUUCGUGACGCAGUCUCCGGACCCCAGCCUCCGCUUCGUCUCGCCAUGGAUCCCAACUGCUCCUGCACCGCGGGCGGAUCCUGCGCGUGUCCCGGCUCCUGCAAAUGCAAAGACUGCAAAUGCACCUCCUGCAAGAAGAGCUGCUGCUCCUGCUGCCCUCCGGGCUGCGCCAAGUGUGCCCAGGGCUGCAUCUGCAAAGGGACCUCAGACAAGUGCAGCUGCUGUGCCUGAUGUCGCGGAGAGCCUGCCCCGGGUGUAAAUAGAGCAACCAGGACAAACCUACAUUCCUCUUUUUUUUUUUGUCCUAUAAAAUACAAGAAUGAUAAUAAAAGUGGUUGGCUUUA